AUGUUUCAUUUACAGGUUCAUUCUAUUGAAAAAAAAGAUAUUGGUCUUUCAAAUAUUAAAACAAUAUCUAAUUUAAAUACUGAUGAUAAAGAAAUUUAUUUCUAUCAAGAUCCAUUUAUUUAUUCAUAUAAAACAAAUGGUAUAUUAACAAAAUUAAUUAUACAAAAUCUUCCUAAUAAUAUUUAUGAUAUUGUUUAUAAUGCAGAUACUUCAAAAUUAUUAUUUAUUAAUGAAAAAGGUGUUUAUGAAUCUUCAAUUUCUAAUGGUAUUGCAACAUUAAAAAUAAAUAAAGAAGGAAUUAAAAGAAUUAAAUUAAGUGAUGAUUGUAAUUUUAUUUUAUUAAUAAGUUCAUCUGAAUUAUUAAUGUAUACUCCUGAAUUUUCUUUUCUUAAUUCUUUUUCUAUUAAAGAUAUUAUUGAUGUUUCAUUUUCAAGUAAUACUCAAUAUGUUGUUGUUUUAACUAAAAAUGAAAUGAUUGUAUUAUCAACUACUUUUAAUAUUAGAAAUAAAAUAAUACUUUCUAAUCCACAAUGUAUGUCAAUUAGACCAUCAAAUGAAUUUAUUACUGUAGCAACUAAUAAUAUUUUAAAUUUUAUUGAAGAAAAUUGUAAUAUUUAUAAAACAUUCAAUCAACCAAAUGAAUAUCAAACUAAAAUUUUAAUAUGGAAUUCAACAUCUCAAUUACUUUUACAAAUAGUUUCAACACCUUUUAAUGAUAUUCUUAUUAUUUCUUGUUAUUGUUAUGGUAAAUUAAUUCCAAAAUAUAGUAAAUGUUUUUUAUCAAUAAGAACUACUUUUUGGGAUGAAGUUAAUCCAAUGAAAUUUCAUAUUAUUACAUCUACAAAUGAACAUUUAAUAUUUAAUUUUUUAUUACCUAUUUGUUCUAUAAAUAAUUCAAUAUAUAAUAUAAUUAUUCAUCCAAAUACAUAUAAUAAUGUUUCUUUAACAGAUUUAAAUAAAGGAAUUAUACCACCUCCUUUAUGUCAUAUUUCAAUUCCAAUUCAAUCAACUCAAUACAUUUAUUCUAAAAUAAUUAAUAAUGAACCUUAUAUUAUUAUUAUUGAUUUAUUUAAUAUUAUUCAUAUUUUAAAAUAUAUUAAUAAUCAAAUAAAUAAAAUUAAUGAAAUAAAAUGUCCUGUUGAUUAUCCAACAAAUAUUUGUUUAAUUUCAUCAUUUGAAUUAUUUAUUAUUGAUUCUACAAAUCAAACAUCAAUUAUUAUUAAUAUUAAUAAUGGUAAUAAUAAUAAAAUAAAAUUUACAAAUCUUCCAUCACCAAUUCAUUCACUUACUCAAAUUAAUGAUAUUUUAUAUUUCCAAUUAUUUAAUGGAAUAAUUAUUACUUCUAAAAAAAUUACUCCUAAUAAUUAUAUUAUUAAUUCAGAAUUAUCUUUAUCUCAAUUUAUACCUGAAUAUUCUAUAGUUAUAUUUAAUAAUAAAAUUCAUUCUUUUUCAUUAUUUGGUCAUAAACUUUAUGAUAAUAAUAUUGAAAUAGGUGAAAAUGUUAAUUCUUAUUUUAUUUCUAAUAAUUAUAUUUUUUAUACUACAUUAAACCAUACACUUCAUGCAAUUAAUAUAAAACAACAUUCAAUUUUUAUUAGAUCUAUUGAACGUGGUUCAAGUAUUAUUAGUUAUGUACCAAAUGAUACAAAACUUAUUUUUCAAAUGCCAAGAGGAAAUCUUGAAGUUAUUCAUCCAAGAGGAGUUAUUCUUGAUAUUAUUAUUGAUUUACUUAAAAAAAAAGAUUAUAAACAAACAUUUGAAAUUGUAAGAAGACAUAAAAUUAAUUAUAAUUUUAUUAGAGAUUAUGCUUUUAAUCAAAUUCUUGAUGAUAUUCCAAUUAUUAUUACUCAAAUUGGAAGUGCUGAUCAUAUAAAUGCAUUUUUAUUAUCAUUAGAAAAUGGUAUUCUUGAUCCACCUUAUUCAUAUUAUAUUGAAAAUUCAUUUGAAGAUCAUACAGAUCAAACAAAAACAAUUGCUUUAACAAUUAGAAAAUAUCUUAUUGAUUCUCAUUUUCCUUGUGAUUUUGUUACAACAUACCUUGCUACUUAUCUUUUAUUACAACCAAUUGAUUUUGCUAUAGUUUUAAAAGAUUUGUUUAACUUUAAUGAACAAGGUAAAAUAAAUGGUAUUAAAUAUUUAAGUACUUUCUUCCCAAUUAAUGCAAUUUUUAAAUCUGCAUUACAAACUCAAUCUAAGAAAAUAGCUCGAUUUGUUAUUUCAUAUUCUUCACUUGAUCCAAAAGAAUAUGAAGAACAAAUUAAUACUCUUUCAUUAGAUUAA